AUGUUUUGCAGACAGCUAAUUGUCUCCAGUGUCCAUGCAGAGAAAGGUGAAAGAACUCUGCAUCGUAGUGAAGGUCAUGAUGACACCUGCCAUUCACCUCAAACCCACAGAACACUUCAGAUGACUUUGCAGGUACAUAUUUCAUGGCUGGGAGGAUUAUUACUGAAAGCAGCCACAUAUACUGUUGGAGGUUUGAAAACAGGAGUAAAACUUGAAUUCAUCACCCAGUCUCCGCAAAAGCUGCUUGCUGUUGAGGGCAGGUUAUCCGAUUUUGUGCCUGUUAUUUCUGCACAUACAGUGAUAAACAUACCUUGCCACUUAAUGAAAACAGCAAGGCCUUUUCAGUCCCCAGAGAACUCAAAGAUUUCUUUCUCUUCAGCCAAAUAUCCCCUCAUGCAUUGCCUCUGUACUCAGAGUAGCAAAGUGGGAAGGAUCCUGUCUUGUUUCUGCUGUGUGUGA